AUGUCACGAAAUUGUUUUGUCACGUUGUGUAAAGAAGGAUACCCCUCUACCAGGUCUACUAACAAGGUAUUGGGAAUUCGAAACAAAACAUUGUUUAAAGCACCUAAGGAUCCUAAAGUCUUAGCACAAUGGGUUAAAGCAAUUCCACGAUCAGAUCGAGAUUUGAGAUCAGGGAUAGACCGUGUGUGUGAAAAGCAUUUUGCUGAAACCAGUCUGAUAAAAUAUUUUGAAAAUGUAAUGGCAGAUGGUUCAAUCCAACAAAUUGAAAGGGAUAGAAUUUGUUUAAAAGAAAAUGCAGUACCGUCAUUGUUUCCAGAUCUACCACAUUACUUAUCUUCUAUAAAAAAAAUACGAAAACCCCAAGUUCGACAUUUGAACACAAAAUCUAAUAAUGCUGAAACUCCUAACCUCAAUAGUUCAUUUAAUACUACAAUUAUCGAAUAUGAUAUAUUUUACAAUAUUGUGAAUCAAUUGAAAAGUACCAUAUUACCUGAUGCCACAUUUAUUUCCAUGGUAAAAGAUGAUUUGGUUAUUGGAUGGUUUAAUAAUGACAAGGAUACAGUGUUCAAAAAAAUUAUCAUUUAUAAAGAUAAUCUUAACAUACAAGUGUUUGUAAGCAAAGUCAUAGUGAAUGUUGAAGGAAUAAUGCAAACUGCUACAGACUUUGAAGAUAUUGAAAAAAUUAUAGCUAUAGUAAAUAAUUUACAAGCUUGCAGUGGCACUGGUCUUGAUAAAAGCCCACAAUCAGUUGCAUGCUAUGGUUAUGUUGAUGCAAAGAAACCAGGCACAUCAUUUACAGAUUCUCGUUGCACUGUAUGCGCUAAAGAAAGAAAAAAUAUUAUAGAUCUUCAGAGAAUAUAUACUUUAAGACAGAGAGAAAUAAAAAAAAAAUUAAAGAAACAGAAAAGCAUAGGUAGAGUCAAAAACAUUACUCGAAAGAAUAGCAGACUUAAUAAUAAAGUGUUAAAGUUAAAAGAAAAGCAAGAAGCAGUACGUGCUUGUCUUGCUGCUGCUAAAUUAAAAGAUCCUAAAGGAAAUCGUUAUUCUAUUAACUGGAUUUAUGAAUGCCUUUUGGUUAAAAUAAAUAGUAGAAAAGUUUAUGAACAUCUUCGUACAAAAAAAAUAUUAGCUUUACCCUGUAUAGAUAUUCAAGAGAUGUUUUCAUUGAUAAAUUAUCUCAUGGACAUCUAA